AAGAGGGAGGAGAGAUUUCGAGAGAGACAGAGAGGGAGGAGAGGUGGAGAGAGUGUGGAAGGAGGAGGGGACACGGGGAGGAGAGAGAGGAGGGGAGGGGAGAGAGAGAGGCACAGUCGGUGACUCCGCGCAGCGCAGAGCUCGCCCCGACGAAGCCUUCCUCCCCCCCUGUCACCACUUCGCCGCCGCCGCCCCCCGCAGCCCCCACGUCGUCCGUCCACGCUGCUCCCGGGAAUCUCCGUGCUUCAAGCUGCGCGACGUUCAAACGACGACGACACCGUCCUCGACGUCGCAGCCGCACGAAAUCGAGGGCACCAUGAGCCUGCCAUCACACACGCGUGGAAGGACGGACUAAGGAAGGGAGAGAGUGCGUUCAUGAUGGCCUCUCGCAGAAAGGGAGGCCUGAAACUCAAUGCCAUCUGCGCCAAGCUUCACGCCCGGCCCGGCCACACACAGACCCAAACCUCGUCACAGUCUGCGAGCGAAGAUGAUGAUGGCGACGAAAACAAAAUGGCCACUGGAAACAAGAUGGCGGAGGGGAGUGGGGACGAGGGAGAUGGAAAGAUGGCAGAUGUGGAGUGUGCCGAGCGGCGCCGGGAGCUCAUCGAGCGCUGGGCCAACGGGGAGCUGGGCCUGGGCGACUCGGGGGGCGGGCAGCAGGGCCCACGCACUGGCGUCGCCGAUGAAGAGGACGCCGACGACGCGGACGGUGACGAUGCUUCCCACUCCCCGAGGGCGGCCGAGGAAAGGCCUCUCCUGGAAGUGCAGGCCCCAGCCGGAAUGAGCGACCUCCUGGGCGCCCUGGGCCUCCUCGAUCCGAGGACGCGAUGCGAGCUGGAGCGAGCGGCCUCCGUCAUCAUGUCCUCCUCUUCCACCCCCUCCUCCCCCUCGCUGGUGAUGACCACAACCACGGCCGUGGCAGCGAACCACCAGCACCACCACCACCAGCACCCCCACCACCACCUGCAGCCGUCGCAGCAGCAGCACCCACAUGGCAACGGCAACCCCGCCCACGCUCGCGCGGCCUGCGCCAACGGCCCGCCGCAGGAGCCAGCGCCGGACUUCGGCAAGGCGUACGAGGAGGCGCAGCCGGCCUGCGACACAGCCGAGUUGUCCGACGCUGCCGCGAGGGCCGGGCAGCACGCGCUUCCUCACGCCCGCGCCUCCAAGUACGACUUCUUCAUCCGAAAGCUGCGCGCCGGCGAGAGCAUUGCCCCCCCGCAGGAGCACGAGCCGGCGCCGGGUACCGCCACGUCGCCAUCCGCAGGCCCCGCCGGCGCCGCCACCACCAAGAUCUCCGACGGGUUCGGCGUCGCCAAGUCCCACGCGCCGCAGCUCCUGAAGUUACCACGGGUGAGCCACGACGGCGCCGGCGGUGGCAGCUCGAGCAACGCCGCGGCGGCCACCUGCAAUCACGUUGCCGCUGGGAGCAACGGCGGCACCAGCGGCGCCCAAACCAACCGGCGAGUCUCCAAGUACGACUUGGAGAACGUCAAGUACCUGCACCUGUUUCGGCCAGGAGAGGAGGGCUCGGGGGGACCCGGCUCACGGGGGGGCUCGACGCCACUCAUGGCCGGGGGCGCCAUCGCCUUCAAGACGGGCCGCGUGGGACGGCCCUCCAAGUACGACGUGAAGGGGGCCGACAAGAUCUCGCAGAUCCGCGCGCUCGCCAACGCCAACUCGGCCGCCAUAUUGCAGAAUCACCACCCGCACCAGCACCAGCAGCAGCGGCAGGGACAGGGACAGGCGGCACCUCCCCUGUACAGCCCCGGAGCCAGCGGCAAGACCUGCAUUGCUCUGUCGCAUGGCAGGAUGUUAAGCUUUUUCCCGAGCGACUUUGGGGUGAAGAGCGAGGUUGUGGUGAAGGGAGAGCAGCAGCAUCAGCUGCUGACGGGUGGUGGUGGCGGCGGCGGCGGCGUCGUCGGUGGUGGUGGUGGCCACUUGGCGAGCGGCGGGCAGAGGGGAGGACUCGAAGCUGCGGCUGUGGCGGCUGCAUUCCUGCGAGCAGAGUCCAUCACGAGCGGCACGGUGUCUUCCGUCAAGAACGGCCUACCAGUGGAGAAAGUUCCAAACGGAGAUGAAUCAAACAUCUACCAGAAAUAUAUUACCAAGUUCGGGAGCACUCAGCAGUGCGGCCAUGCCCAUUGCGCCUACCAGUACAAGGAGCAUUAUCACUGCAUCGACCCCGAGUGCAACUACCAACGCUUCACGAGCAAGCAGGACGUGAUCCGUCACUACAACAUGCACAAGAAGCGCGACAACAGCCUGCAGCACGGCUUCAUGCGCUUCAGCCCGCUCGACGACUGCUCUGCGCACUACAGCAGCUGCCACCUCAACGGGCGCAGCACCCAUUACCACUGCAUGCAGGUUGGCUGCACCAAGGUGUACACGAGCACGUCGGACGUGAUGACGCAUGAGAACUUCCACAAGAAGAACGCGCAGCUCAUCAGCGACGGCUUCCAGCGCUACCGCGCCACCGAGGACUGCGGCACGCCCACCUGCACCUUCCACGGGCACAAGACGACGCACUUCCACUGCCGGCGCAGCGGCUGCUACUUCACCUUCAAGAACAAGUGCGACGUGGAGAAGCACAAGUCGUACCACGUGCGCGACGAUGCCUAUGCCCGCGACGGCUUCAAAAAGUUCUACAAGUACGAGUCGUGCGGCUUCGCGGGCUGUGCAUACGCGCGCGCCACCAACCACUUCCACUGCAUCCGCUCGGGCUGCGCCUUCACCUUCACCUCCACGAGCCAGAUGACGUCGCACAAGCGCAAGCAUGAGCGACGCAGCUCCGUGCGUGGCUGCGACCGGCCCGGAGCCCCCACUGGGACUGGCUGCAUCUCCACUCUCAACCUGGUGCCUUCGCCCCUGGAUAGGAAACCGCUUCAGGCUGAACUGGCGCUGGCCGGCAGCAGCACGUUCACGGCAUUCACUCCGCCCGGGUUCUCCGGCACGGCCCAGUUCCGCUUCGAGGCGCCGGCGAAUUUCAGCGCCACCCUCUUCCCGGCCGCGACGGCUGCGUCAAACUUCGGCAAGCAGCCCGGCCUCUCCGAGACCUUGCUGCAGGCGACAAAUUAUUCGACCGGCUCCCCAUUUCUACUUUCCACCGCAGCAGUGGGGGCAGCGACGACAACGACGACCGCGACCACGACCAUGACGACGGCGACCGCGGCCGAUUUGACGGCGGCCAUGAGCGCGGCCACGGAGCAGUCGACGCCCACGUCCGACACGGAGGCUGCGGCCGGCUCCGCGCGAGUGGCACCUGUCACCCUGCCCGCGACGCCUGUGUGCGCCAUCGACGGGUGCGGAGCGCCAGCCGGCAGCUGCUGCCCACUCGACGGGCACGCGGGCACGUCGGAGGACGGCUGCCGGGCGUCGGCGAGCGCCUGCUUCGGCCCCGUGGUGGCACUUGUCGGAGCGGGGGGCAGCAAUUCCGUUUCGUCGGCCUGUUCGUCUUUACCGUCCUCUGUCGCUUCGGUGUCGUCGUCGACGGCGUUCCACCCGUCGUCGAUCAUGCUUUUGACGCAGCAGCAUUUCGGAAUGCAGCAGCAGCAGUCGGACGUGCAGCAGGCUGGCGUGCUGCUGUCUGCGCCGGGUGUGCCCCCGAGGCCCGAGUCGAAGGCUUCGUCCGGUUCCCAGAUCCACGGCAUCAUGCCGGCGAUCAGCCUGGGUUUAGGCCUUGGCCUGGGUCUCGGUCCGAUCCCGAUCGGCGUUCCCUUGCGCCAGAUUCCCGUGCAGCUGCUGCAGCUGGCAGCAGCCGCAGCGGCUGCCGGUGUUGGCGGCACUCACUUCGGCAUGCGCCUUGGAGACGCUCGUGGUGACGACGGUACUGCCUCAAAACCCCUAGGCUCUGCCGGCCACACGGCCGCUACCACUACCACCACCGCCUUUGGCAGAGGCAGCAACGCAGAAGUGGCAGACGACAAUGACGACGAAGAAGAGGAGGGGGAGGAGGAGGACAAUGACGACGAUGAUGAUGACGAAGACGAUGAUGAUGACGAUGAUGAUGACGAUGAUGACAAGGAUGCAGACGAUGACGAGGAUGAUGAUGAGGAUGAUGAAAAUGACGUGGACGUUGACGACAGUCUAGAUCAAGCAAAGUGCAAAGAUUCGGAGGUGGAGGGUAGCGGUGAUCAUGCGGCCAUCAUCGUAAAGGACGAGGAAGAUGAGGACGAGGGGGAGAUGGUGGCUGGAGGCGAUGGAGAGAAGACGGGGAAGAGGAAGCAUGGAAUGCGAAGAGAGCGGCGGCGGCAGCGGCAACAGCAAGAGCUCGGCGAGCGGAGGAAGCGCCGCCGGUUGGGAGACCAGGCGGACGUCACCAACUACGAUGAUGGCGACGAUGAUAGCGGCGGCUACACCGACAACGGUGAGCUGCCCGCGAAGCAACACGUGCCUGGGCCACGCAACAGAGAGACGGAAGCAGAGGACAAAGGAAGAGGAGGAGAAGACGUUGACGACGACGACGAAGACGACGAGGAAGAGGAAGACGUGGGCGACAGCGGCGACAGCGCCGGAGGGGAUGGUGACGAGUCGACGGAAUUGUCGUCGGGCCCGGCGUCGCAUGGGCCGCAGGGCGGCGGCGCGAGGGCCGGCUCCCCGUGCCUCAGGAUUUCGCCGGAGAUGGCGCGCCUGGCGGCCGGGGCUCUGAGGCCUCCCCCGCCGGCGGCCGCGAUGGGGUCCGUGAAGAAGGAGCACGAGGAUGGCGUGGGAGACGGACUCAGCCAAUGGGAAGGCUCGUCCAGAGUUCAAAUCAAACAAGAACCUUGCGAUCAUGUAAACCAGGACCCAAGCCCAAAGCAUCAUGGGCCAUUGAUGGAAGGACCCUUGGCUGGAUCCCUGUCGUCUUUUCUGCUCAGGACUGGAAUGGGGCUCUCUGAUUCGCUGAACCUGCAGACGAGCGGCCAAUCAGGCGCAACUUUCAUCAACCAAUCCCUGAGGGCUGCCAUCAAACGUGAAAACCCAACGGCAUUAUGGGAAAAAUACCUACAACGGUUCACGGACGGCGCGUGCCGGGAGCCGUCGUGCGAUUUCUCGCACUCGGACCACGUGCACUGUCGUGUCGACGGCUGCGGUGCUAUCUUCCGUACCAUGGACGGUGCCAACAAACACGCAAGUUUCCACGGCCGCGUCGAUGGCUGUGGGCCUGUCGCCGUGGUGACUGGCUCCCUGCUUCCCUCCCUGCUUGCCUGGACACAGCAGCAACAGCAGCAACAGCAGCAGCAGCAGCAACAGCAGCUGUCUCUCCAUCAACCGCUGCACCAAGCUGCUCUGCAGCCACAGCAACAGCAGCAGCAGCAGCACAUGGGGUCUGCACUGCACAGGCAACCACUCCCCACUCACGUACAGCCAGACCUGAUAGGUGUGCAGCAACAGCAGCAGCAACAGCCGCAACAACAACAGCAGCAACAACGACCCGUGCUUCAGCAGCAGUUGAUGAAGCCGUUUGCGAUGAACAACCACUUGCAACCGCAGCAGGUGGUGACGGGUCAGCAGCUGAAUGGGCAGCAGAUGAAUCUGCAGGAGCAGCAGGCGGUUGUGCAAGUGCAGCAGCAGUACCAGCAUUUGCUGCGCACGCACAUGAAUUCGCAGCAGUCAGCGCAUCAGCAGCAUCAGCAGCAGCAUCAGCAGCAGUCUCACACGGCCCGGCUUCAAGAAUCGAAGCCACAGAUUAAGCCAGGCUUCCUGCAGUUCGAUGAGAACGACCCAUGCCUGAGUCCCGAGUGCAAGUACGCACGCGCACGCCACUUCCACUGCCUGUUCGGCGCGUGCAAGUACGUGUGCAAGAGCGCGGCCAAGGCGGAGUCGCACUGCACCGACCACGUGACGCCCACGCACUGCACGGAGAGCGCUCGCCGCCACUUCCACUACCACUCCGCGCAGGAGCCCUGCCCCCUGCCGGAGUGCGAGUUCCGCUCUCGCGGCCACUACCACUGCGCACGCGGGGCGUGCGAGUUCGCCACCAACGUGAGCACCAAGCUGCCGUGGCAUGUCAAGAAACACGACAAGGCCGAGCGGCGCGCGGCCAACGGCUUCAAGUACUACACCAAGCGCGACGAGUGUGGGCGUGACGGGUGCAAGUACGGCCGGGUGAGCAGUCACUUCCACUGCAUCAGGGACGGCUGCUCGUUCUCCUUCCUGCUCAAGCACCAGAUGACAUCGCACGCGCGCAAGCACGCGCGCCGUGCCCUAUCCCUCGGAAACCAGACUCCGCCCACUCCCCCCGUCGCCAUGGACGUGCACGCGGAGAGGGCCCGAGGAGCCUCUCUGCCCAUCUCCCCUUCGCUCUCCCCGUCUCUCCCCGUGCCUCUCUCCCUUCCAACACCAAUGCCUCAGCCACUGGCGCAAGCUCCCUCCACCUCCUGUCAUUCACUCUCACUUCCACCACCCAUCUCAUGCCUGGCCCUACCUACUCCCUGUCUGGCACCGCCUACCUCCUGUCAAUCAUUGCUGCAGCCUGCACCCACAUCAGGAAUAAAGCGUCGCGUGUGGAUCAUAGAGGACAUGUCCCCCUUCGGCAAGCGACGCAAGACAACGACCACCAAGAAGACAUUGCCAAUGACCGUGGUGAGAUCAGCGACGAAUAUGGACGGCAACAUGAACAACAGCAGCAACACCAGCAGCAGCACUAGCAUCGGUGGCCACAAGUCUGAGCUGGGAGACGAUGGUUACGUUCCCAGCGUGGAGUUUCUGGGCUCCGUGCCCAUCAAGGCGGAGCCAGCGUCGACUCUGGGCGAUGACUGGGGGAACAGUGCCGACAGCUUUGACGCCAGCGCGGCCGUGACGCCGUCGUCGGCGGUGCCCGGCAGCAGCGGCGGAAGCGGCGAGUGCUCGCCCACGGCCGGAGCGUGCGUCGCUCCGCUGGCGUUCGAGGCGGUGCAGGCCGGAUGCAUUCCAGCUAAAGCGAUCGGCGGCGCUCCUCCGGCGGUGGUGGCGAUGGCGUCGGCCGCGUUGGGGGCGAAUAGGAGCCCUGUGGCAGCUGACGGCGCGGCGGUGGACAAGACGGCGGUGGCCAACAGCGUCCUGUCAGGCUUCCUGCGCUUCGACCUGCGCGCCGACUGCGCGGACGUGGGCUGCCACUUUGCACGGCGCGCCACACACUACCACUGCGCGCGCGACGGCUGCGGCUACCGCUUCUGCGGGCGCACGCACAUGCACAAGCACGCUAUGCACCACGAGCGCGUCGACAGCCUGGUGCUCGACGACUUCCGCCGCUAUAAGGCCGGUGCGCUCUGCCCGUAUGCACGCUACAUCCCUGUGUUGUCCGUGCCCGGCCACGACUCUGUGCAGCAGCAGCAGCGCUGUGGGUUGGACAGCAGUGACGCAAGUGAAGGAGGUGGAGAAAGUAGCGGGAGCAAAAAUACAGCUGGGCAGCAGUUGGUGAGCAUGGAUAGCAAGCUCUCGGAUGCCUCUGGUGAUGGCAAAUCUGCGGUCGCAACGGACGCAGCUGGCGGAGAAAAUGACGAGGAAGCGGGCGAACGGCCGAGCGGCACGGAGGCCACCGAGUCCAGCACCAGGAACUCAAUCGCGAUGGACGGUGCCGCUGCUACCGCUGCGGAAAAUGACGCUCAACCAGACUUGAAGAAGGCAGUGACCGCACCGCCGGACAGACCGGCAGUGGACGAGGACGCGUCACGUGGCAGCGGCGGAAAACCGGCGAGCGCAAGGAGAGCAGCGGCGGCGGCGAUGGCGCCGUUGGCCUCCAGGGGCGACACAGUGAUAGUGGGCUGCCCGUUCGCGGGCCGCGCGACGCACUUCCACUGCCUGCGCUGCGCAUUCGCCUGCGCCGACUCCACCAAGGUUCCCGCCCACCGCAAGCAGCACGCCAAGAUGGCCGCCGUGCAAGCGGCAGGCUUCCGCCAGUUCGGUUCGGCCGUCGACUGCGCCCCCGCCGUGUGUCGCUACCGCUUACGCUGUUCGCACUUCCACUGCGCCGUCGCCGGCUGUGGCCACGCCGUCGUGGGCACCGCUCAGAUGGAGUCCCACCGCCGGCGCCACCAGCGCAACAACAGCGGCAGCAGCGGCAGCAGUGGCAGCAACAGCAGCAACAGCAACAUCGUCCUCUCGUACCCGCACAACAACCAGAGCAACCCUCACCUCCUCGUGAGCACCAACCCAACUCGAAUCCAGCAACAAUCUCCGAUGAAACCUCAACAAUCUCCGAUAAAACCGCAGCAGCAGCAGUUGUUGCAACAGCUGUCAUUGCAGCAGCAGCAGCAGGUAACACGAUUGCCAUCGCAAAAUCAACAGCAUCAGCAGCAUCAGCAUCAACGUGCGCUGGAACUGGAGUGGCAGUGGAAGCAGCCGCAUUUAACGCAGCAGUUUCAACCGCUGGUGGUACGGCCCCAGCUUUUGACGGUUCAGCAGGCUGGGUUGUUACGUCAGGUGCAGCAGCAGGGCCAACAGCUGCGUGGGAGACUACAGCAGCAGCAGCUGAAUGUUGUGCAGCAGCAGGAGGAUGUGGUGGCAUUGAAAAAGCAACAGCAGCAGUUACACCAACCACUGUUGCAGCAGCAGCUGCUAAAGCAACAGUGCGAGAUGAUUCAGUUGCAGCAGCAGCAGCGACAAACGCCAGCAGCAGCAGAAUCAGCGCGUACAACCACAACAGCAGCCGCAGCAGCCCCUACCGCACGAGCAGUUGCAACUGCAGCAGCAGCAACCUCCUGAGCAGCAUGCAGCAACAGGAGGGGGAGCAGAACAACGCGGCCGUGCGAGCGACUGUGGAAGAUGACUCCUUGAGGGGCGAGCACGAUGGCAACUCUUUCUCCUCGCCGUCCUCCUCGUCGUCAUCGUCGCCGUCGUCGGCAGCCUCUCCGCCUUCGUCAUCCUCCUCGUCGGUCGCUGUGGAAUCCGUCGUCGUGCAGAGUGCGUCGUCGUAGCCCCCCUAUCGAAUCGUCACCGCCGCCUCAGCAGCAGCCCAAAUCUCCAAAAAACAAACCCCCCCCCACCCUCCCCAUCAACAAACCGAUCGAAACGAGUUUAUAGCCAACCAACACAUGCAGGGAAAAGCUUACACACGCAUGUUGUGUGUAAUGGGUUAUAUGAUACGUGUAAACCCCCCCCUCCCACCCCCACACACACACAAAGACUCAACGAUGAAAUCUGGAAGAAAAAAAAAAGAAUACAACUUUUUUGGGGGGACUUUUACUUGGGGAUCGAUUACGACGUGAGAAUAUGCAAUAGGUGUUUACUUGCAGGCGUGCCGUGGGCAAAACAAUGCGCGCUCACACAGCUCACACAGCUCACACAUGUCGACGAUCAGCGCGACCUUUGCACCUUUGGGUGCGCUGUGGGUCGUGCACGGUGCGCACAUCGCUAACAGGCUGGGGGGAGGCGGGGGGGGGGGGGCAAUCGAGGAGGCGGAGUGAGCGUGCUUUGCCUCAUUAAAAAAAAACUUUUUGUAGGAAGUGUAUGCAAAUUUAUGCUAAUUUAUGCCAGCCGAUGGUGCGGCGCGUGAGGAGGAGGGAGUUGCUCGUGGAUGCAAACAAUAAAAUGUGUUGAUUUAAUGGCGUGCCGGCCAAUCGGAACGAUCGCCGAGACUCGGGCUGCACGAUGUAUGCAAAACGAUGCAGAGCUGGCCAAUGGGAGAGCUCAGAUUAAUGUAUGCAAAAGUGACGAUAAUUUAAGCCGGCCAAUGCGAUCGCUCGCCCGCUGUUUUGAGCUGGAUAUAAUGUAUGCAAAUGUAUGCUAAUUUAUGUAAUAUGCAGACUUUAUUGAAUGUGGUUUCGCGUGAUGCAAUGGUGUUAAGACGGUUUUGAAUAUUUUAAGUUUUCAGUUUUUGGUUGGUUUGAGGCUAUAAUCAGGAAAGAGUGACUUGUGCAUUGUAACUGUUUUACGUUUAUUUAAAGAGGAGAAGAAGAAGAUGGCACGCGACGGUUAUGACACCCUGGCCCGGCCCAGGCAUUAAUGGAGCCUUCACGUUGGUGUUUAACACAGGCAACGGGAGCUGAGCGUGCACCUGAUCCGCAUGCUCGUGGCUCGGUUAUUACCUCACUGACGGGAGAUUAUUUCAUUUCAUCGACGUCACGCAUCAACCGGUGCCUCCGAUAAUCACAGUCGGAUCGCUCAUUCUGAGACAAAGCAAUUACACCCGAAGCACUCCUGAACGUUUCCAACCACAGGCCAACGUUAGCCAAACGUUGGCACGUGUUGGCCCAACGUGGGCACGUGUUCACUGGAAAAUGUCGCGCGAUUUUGCAACCAAUGUUAUUUUGCAACCAAAUCUUAAUGAUUAUCUAGCCAGGUGAAAUGUUUUGAAGAGUGCUCAAAGCACAGUCGGGAAAACAAAAAGUUGCAGCUUCAUAUCCUGGCCAGGCUAAAGUCAUCGUCCCUAAGGGGUCGAUAAGUACUAUUUUACAGGAAGCCAACAUCGGUCAUCCUUACAGAUAAUGAAGGUCCCCAGCGUGGAAAUGUGCCACAUUUUCCACCACUGGUUCAGGACAACCAGCAGAGAUGAGUGCCACAACAAUUAUAAGUUCAUCAGGCACACUUAGAUGUGACCCGACUCUGAAAACUGGAUGCAUCCUUGAUACUAACUGUAUUUUUAUCUGUACUUGAAUUUACCACUCAACAAAGAGAAAUGUCUAUACAUUGUCGCAUGAUCUCAAUGCGGUCCGCUAGCGCCGAGUAUAAACCAAUGGACUGCAUGAUGUGUGCCCGACCAUGGCUAUCAGUUUUUUGGCUUCGGGAUUUUCCAAGGACGCGCAGAAAGGUGUGUACAAAGAGCACUCGGCCUUUGUACAUUAUGCAAACAAAAAACAACAGUUCCUGAAGAACUAUAAAGAGAAAACUAGACUGGUUCUGUCAUUCGUACUCAUCAGAAUGGCAUAGUCUGUAACGAUGAGGUUUCUCGCCAUUUACAGAUUCGAUUCAUUGGUAGUCCAUGAGCCAAGGAAGAUAUUUGACAUGUCGUUACCACCUUUGAUGGUAUAUCUCUUUCAGUUCAAAUUCCUUUGUGUGGCCAAUAACAGUGCUUUUUCAAAUAAUACCUAUUGUAAAAGAGAGUGGAUAUCAAGUAAUUCACUAUUGGCCAUGUAUAUAAAUCAUUAUUACAAAAAUGUGGACUCCACCUGUUCCAUCUGUUUGGGACAGUGUUGCCCCCUCGGACGCGUGAGUUUUCUCCGAUCGCUGCGAUUUCAUCCCACAUGUACACACUUUUUUUAAUUGGCUGGAAACAUCUUUAUAUGUAGAUGACCGCAGAGCUUGGACAAUUGUUGGCACCAGGUUACCACCUGGCUGCUGCCCUCCCAACUUGUCCCUGGUUCCUCCUGUCCUGGCGCCUCCGAGUUGUUCUCUCUCGCUUCGAGAGCCAGCGAAUACUGUGCGCCACAUGAGUUGACAUUGUCAUUGUUCAAGUGUAUGCUGCCUGAGGUGGUACAGAUUUCUGCUGUGGCCCAUGGACCUCCAAUGGAAGCUGCAUUUCUGGUGUGCCAAGCGCACAGCUCACGUGUUCAGGGGUGCAUGGACACGCACACACACUUUGAGCUCGCAUUGUUCACAUGUGCGUGAGGAGGCGAGGUUAAAUCAGGCCGUUCCCAAGUCUCCGUGAAGGCUCGUUUAAAAGACACCACAGGGCUAAAGUGCACACUUUUUAUUUAUUUACGACCGAUUUGUUCUGUCGGCAAAGGAUCGAUUCUCGUUGAAAGUGCAAAUGCUUCCAAAAUUUAACGAGUUAGUUAUUUUCAAUUAAUAUAAAUAAUUUCUAACUUAUGCUUCCAUACAGGUUUCAAAUGUGUUUGUUGUGUAGUAUUUAUAGAUUUACAUGGUUUUUGUUGUUAUAUAAGUUAUUUUUGAAAUUAUAUAUUAUUGAUUACAAUAGCAAUCGAUGAGGAGGAUGAUGCUGAUGGUCAUAUUGUUAUAAUUAUUAUUGUCCGAAAGCACAAAAGCAAAAAUAGCCUUCACACUGCUUCCCAGGCAUGACCCCGUGAGUGCCGCUGUGCAUUGUGGGAUGGUCAUGCAACGUAUUGAGUCGCUUUGCAAAGAGCUGUCCUCUCUUUUAUGGGCCCUCGUCUGGUUUCAAAACUUCCAUGGUUGUCCAUCAAUCGGUACCAAUGAGCAGCUUUAUACAAUGAUUCCCCUGCAUAGACCCCCAUUCUUAGAACAGUUGUGCGUUGUUGGAUAUGUUGACUGUAAUCGGCUAUGCUUUGGCACUGUAUGCAAAACAAGUGGUAAGAUGGUGUUUUCGAAUACUUUCGGUGAUAUCCAUACCACUGUGCCCGGAGUGAUGAUAAUUAUGGUGGUGGUAAUGAUGUGUCUGCUCCUUGAUCGGAUUUGAACUCCCAAUCGUACAGUUUGGGAACUCACCUGCUCUACCAACUUAAGCUAUAUAUCUGGCACUGUUGUAACACGAAUAAUAAUACCUGUAAUAAUUAUCAUUGUAAUGUGUGGGGCGUUGUAGGAACGAGUGGGUUCUGUCAGUGGUAGUUUCACUGGAAAAUGCAGCACAGUUAAAACUGGAAAACUAUAAGAGGACUAGUGUCGAGAAAAGCUAACCUCACCAUGUGCACGCAAGCUUGGGAGAAACUGACCCAGGGAUGUGUGUAACUUUUGACUGGAAUGGGUUUAUCCUUGCGAGUGGGAUUCACUGGAAAUUGACAAUUACGUGACUUUUAUUCAGGGGGGGGGGGGACAUACAGGAAAACAGGGAAAUUAUGUGAAUACAGGGAAAUUACUGGGAAAUUGAUGCGGUUUGUUUUGCAAGCCCUGACGCAGCUCAGUUCAUUCCACCCAUGCUUUCAGACAGACCAGCUUUUGCAGAAUGUCAUACAACGAAUUUAUUGACUGGGUUGUGUUAUACGAUUGUACACCGUAAAUUGAUGGUUCGAGAGGUUGGCUUACACAACGUGUUCUUAUUUGGAAGAAGCUGAUUUAACUGGAUAAAUGAAUGUCUCACUGAACCGUUCGAAAUGGCUUGCGUCAUCGGUGACCACGAUUAAUCAGUGGCUUGGGCACAAGAUUAGUUUAAGAGAGGGGAGUAAUGCUGUCUGUUUUGUCUCUUCGGAUUCACAGUGUUUGGAUGGCUCAGGGAAACUGAACCAGCACUACGAGGGUUAGGACCCCAGGCUCUCAUGCAGACCUAAAUAACGAUCUCACAUGUAGCAACAUUGAGAGGUAGACGGUUUACGGCACACAUUUUAAAUGCACGAUCUGACCGAACAAAUCAAUUAUGUUUUAUAUUCUUGGUUCUUUCCGUAAAGUCACGUAGAAGGGAAAUAAUAAAAUAAUAAAUAUAAAACAUAAUAAGAUAAAAUUCUCACGACGUUUCGACCACAACGCAAGCAGCCGUCCUCGUGACUUUACCGAAAGAACCAAGAAUAUGAAUCCAUGCAGUCACGAAAGCUUUAAAUCGAAAUUUUUAAAUCAAUUAUGAAUUCAAUCCACGUUUACCAGUUUUCACACUUUGACCAUUAAGUUGGCAUGUCCUGUAUCAGAAUUAUAACAAUCGCAUCGUCAUUGUUUUGGCUAAUAACUCCUGGUGUAUGAAAGGCAAAGAGUAUGGCUUUUCAUAAAAAUAUAAUACACCUCCCGUCAGUAAAUAAAAAAAAUGUAAAUCUCUUGGUCCAAGCUGUUUACCAAUUUAUUGGCAUUUCCACACAUUGCAUCGAACACUCCAAACAGGUCCAGCUGGUUGACAAAACGAGUAGAUGAUCAAUGAAUCGUGACGGCAGACAGCAUUUCAUCCCUUAUGAACACGAGGACCGAAGGAUUAAGUAAGAAAGGUCUGGCCUGGGUUUGUGUGCAACCCAAAAAGGGCCUUAAAGAUUGUGUUCAAUCGUGACACGUUAACCACAGAGCAUUCAGUAGCAAAACAAACCAUGACAAAUUGACCGACGGAUAUUGAAUUGAGACGUACACUACUUAUCUAUUAACUUAAUUUGUUGUUAUUAUUAACGAUUUUGAAAGCACAUGUGUUUGAGAUUUAAGUUAUACGCUUGUUGUUGAUGUUAAUUUAAGUUAAUUGAAUGUAAUUUAAGUUCAUUGGCGUGGAGUGUGCUGUGAGUUUUAAUGUACUAUCGAACUGUCAUAUACAUUUUGGUGGAAUGGGACAAUUAUUGACCUGUUCUCUUCUCACCUCUCUGUCUCUCUAUCUCCCUUUGGCCCUCCGGUCCACCUUUCUCUACGUCUCACCUUGUCUGUCUCUUUCUCUCUCAUUCACUGUCCAUCAUUUGCCCCUCCUUUCUGUCUCUCUCUCCCUCCCUCCGUCUUCCUGUUUCUGUCUCUCCCUCUCAUGUACUGGCUUUCUUGUAGUUGUUAGGAAUUUCACUAAAAAUGGCUUUUCAAAUAAACCUUUUUUAAACACUUUAACUUG